AUGCCGGUUCCUUGGGCCCGGUCCGGCAACGAAAAGCUGACGACAGAUCUGGCGUUAUGGUGGAUGUGCAUGUUGUCCAUGUCGGCACCGGAGCACCGCGCGUUGAUGCCCGAAGAAGACGCGGUUGGCGUGGGGGAAUGGGAGAAACGCCAGGGCCUGGACGGCUGGGUGCGCCAACAUCGGUACUCCAACUUCCAGGAGCCAUCGGACCCCCCUACGCCGCCGCCGCCUGCGUACCGGGACCCGUCUCCGGGGAACCCGGCUGCCUUCGCGGCCGGGGUCGGCGUUAACGGAAACGACGAUUUCGACCUGGGCGAGGACUUUGACCUGGACCUCGACGUGGCCGAGGACAUCGACUGGGGCAUGGGCGCGAAUAUCUAG